AUGGGUCUUUUUGCUCAUUGUUUUGUGGGUGCUUUCUUUUGUGUUCAUCUUAUGGAUGGUCUUGUAGUUACAAAUGAUCAUAAUGUCAAUGAAGUUGACAAUCAUAUGCUUCAUAAUUCAUUUUUGCCUAGAGCCAAGACGGAAGGUGGAGCUGCUAUCAGAGAUGGAGGAAAAGGAUUUAGUGGAGGUGUGGGAGGAGGAUUUAGUGGAAGUGGAAGUAGAAGAGGUGGCGGCUUUAUUAUAGUAAAUGUUGAUGGUGAAGGUGGUGUUGGAGGUGAAGUAGGAGGAAGAUUAAGAGGGUUAGGUGGAAAUAGUGGUGGAAAUGGGCUUGGUCAUAGUGGUAGUGGUGUUACAACUGGUGAAAGUGGUGGUGGAGUUGGUAGUAUGGGCAAUGAUGGAGGAAAAGGAUUUAGUGGAAAUGGAAGUUGUGGAAGAGGAGGAUUUGGUGCAAGUGGAGGUGGCAGCCCUACUGUGCUAAUUAAUGUCGCUGAUGAUCAUAAUGUCAAUGAAGUUGAUAACCAUGUAUUUCAUAGUUCAUUUUUGCCUAAGGCCAAGACAAAAAGUAAAAAACAUAGGAGGAUUACAGCUAGUUUGGGCGAUCUUAAUGCUGUUACUAGUUUACAUCGCCUCAAUGUUGGUGGUGGUUUGGGCAGUCUCAAUGUUGCUAUUGCUAGUUUACAUCGCCUCAAAGCUGGUGGUGGUUUGGGCGCACUUGGUGUAACUGCUGCUGGUUCACAUCACCUCAAAGCUGAUGGUGGUUUAGGCAGUCUCAGUGUAGCUACUACUAGUUCACAUCGCCUUAAAACUGAUGGUGGUUUGGGUGGUCUCGGUGUUGCUGUUACUGAUUCACAUCACCUCAAAGCUGAUAGUGGUUUAGACAGUCUCAAUGUAGCUACUACUGGUUCAAAUCGCCUUAAAGCUGGUGGUGGUUUGGGCAAUUUUGGUGCAGCUACUACUAGUUCACAUCACCUCAAUGCUGGUGGUGGAAUCCAUGUUGGUGGUGGGCAAGGUGGAUUAGGUGGUGGUGAAGGCCUAACAAAAGGAGUACAAAGUGGAUUAAAAAGUGGUGGUAGUCUUCGUGGAGGUGGUAGCAUUAGUGCUACUUCUCGAAGUAGUGGUGGAGCUCGUGUUGAAGAUAGAGCAAAAAGAAGAGUGGAAGGGCAACUCAGUGGAAGUGCCAACAAUGGCAUUACUAGUGGAGCUAGUGUUGAAGGUAGAAAAAGAGGAGUAGAAGGGCUUGGAAGAGGUGGUGUUGAAAGUGCUGUUACAAGUGCAAAUGGUGGUGGUGUUAACAUUAGUGCUACUAGUGGUGGUGGUGUUAAAGCUAGUUUUGAAGAAAAAAUGGGAAAAAGAUGA